AUGGCAAAGGAUAUACAGGAGAAUGGGCGGGUCAUGGGGAUCGGAGGGGAGAUGUUGGCGACCCAAAGGUCGACCCGCCCUCCUCGCUCGCUUCGCAACCUGGCCCCCGCUGCUCAGAAGAAGACCAAGAAGUCGGCCGACAACAUCAACGCGCGUCUCGCGCUUGUCAUCAAGUCGGGCAAGUACUCGCUUGGGUACAAGUCGACCCUCAAGGCGAUGCGCUCGGGCAAGGCCAAGCUCGUCCUCAUCUCGGGCAACACUCCUCCUCUCCGUCGCUCGGAGUUGGAGUACUACGCCAUGCUCAGCAAGACGCCCGUCCACCUCUACCAGGGCUCCAACGUCGCCCUCGGUACCGCCGCCGGCAAGCUCUUCCGCGUCGGUGUCAUGUCGGUCGAGGACGCCGGUGACUCGGACCUCCUCUCCAUCACCGCCUAA